AGGAUAGGGGCGUGCUCAAGCGGAGAGAGUAAGAGCGUGAGGCCGCAGUACGCAGCCUUCCCAGAAGGGUUUGCGCGCCCCUCGUUUUCUCCAGAAUCCUCCUUGCAAGCGCGUGAGCCGCUCUGUGCAGCUGAGCGAUGGCCCUCCACGUUCCCAAAGCCCCGGGCUUUGCCCAGAUGCUCAAGGAAGGAGCAAAAGUAAGAGAUGAAGGAAGGAGGUGGGCAUUUUUCAGGAUUGGAAGAAGCUGUGUAUAGGAACAUUCAGGCUUGCAAGGAGCUUGCCCAAACCACUCGUACGGCAUAUGGACCAAAUGGAAUGAACAAAAUGGUUAUCAACCACUUGGAGAAGUUGUUUGUGACAAAUGAUGCAGCAACUAUUCUAAGAGAGCUAGAAGUACAACAUCCUGCUGCGAAAAUGAUUGUGAUGGCCUCUCACAUGCAAGAGCAAGAGGUUGGCGAUGGCACAAACUUUGUUUUGGUGUUUGCCGGUGCUCUUUUGGAAUUGGCUGAAGAGCUUUUGAGAAUUGGCCUGUCAGUUUCUGAGGUCAUAGAGGGUUAUGAAAUAGCCUGUAGAAAAGCCCAUGAGAUUCUUCCUGAUUUGGUAUGUUGCUCUGCAAAAAACCUCCGAGAUGUUGACGAGGUAUCAUCUCUUCUACAUACCUCCAUCAUGAGUAAACAGUAUGGUAAUGAACGGUUUCUGGCCAAGCUUAUUGCCCAGGCAUGUGUAUCCAUUUUCCCUGAUUCUGGCCAUUUCAAUGUUGAUAACAUCAGAGUUUGUAAAAUCCUGGGCUCUGGUAUACACUCCUCAUCAGUAUUGCAUGGCAUGGUUUUUAAAAAGGAAACCGAAGGUGAUGUUACAUCUAUCAAAGAUGCAAAAAUAGCAGUGUAUUCUUGUCCUUUUGAUGGCAUGAUAACAGAAACUAAGGGAACAGUAUUGAUAAAAACUGCAGAAGAAUUGAUGAAUUUUAGUAAGGGAGAAGAAAAUCUCAUGGAUGCACAAGUCAAAGCUAUUGCUGAUACCGGUGCAAAUGUCAUAGUAACAGGUGGCAAAGUGGCAGACAUGGCUCUUCACUAUGCAAACAAAUAUAAUAUCAUGUUGGUGAGACUGAAUUCGAAAUGGGAUCUCAGAAGACUAUGUAAAACAGUUGGUGCUACAGCUCUUCCUAGAUUGACUCCUCCUGUCCUCGAAGAAAUGGGCCAUUGUGACAGUGUGUAUCUCUCAGAAGUUGGAGACACCCAGGUGGUUGUUUUUAAGCAUGAAAAAGAAGAUGGUGCCAUUUCUACCAUAGUACUUAGAGGCUCCACUGACAAUCUCAUGGAUGAUAUAGAAAGAGCAGUAGAUGAUGGUGUUAAUACUUUCAAAGUUCUCACAAGGGAUAAACGUCUUGUACCUGGAGGUGGAGCAACAGAAAUAGAGCUUGCCAAACAAAUUACAUCAUAUGGCGAGACAUGUCCUGGACUUGAACAGUAUGCUAUUAAGAAGUUUGCUGAGGCUUUUGAGGCUAUUCCUCGAGCGCUGGCAGAAAAUUCUGGUGUUAAAGCCAAUGAAGUAAUCUCUAAACUUUAUGCAGUACAUCAAGAAGGAAAUAAAAACGUUGGAUUAGAUAUUGAGGCUGAAGUCCCUGCUGUAAAAGACAUGUUGGAAGCUGGUGUUCUUGAUACCUACCUGGGGAAAUACUGGGCUAUCAAACUGGCUACCAAUGCUGCUGUCACUGUACUGAGAGUAGAUCAAAUCAUCAUGGCAAAACCAGCUGGUGGGCCGAAGCCUCCAAGUGGCAAGAAAGACUGGGACGAUGACCAAAAUGAUUAACUGAUUUAAUUAUCGUGUAGGUGAAGCUUGUUUGCAGUAGUAUUCUAGGAAUUUCCUAAUGUUUUCUCAUUUUCCUUAAGUUAAGUGCUUUGUGUUUAUAUCCAUUACCAGGUGAUACGUAAUAAACACGUUGUUACUAUC